AAAACUGAAACAUAAGGUUGGAUCACACUGGGUUGUACAAGUGUACCUAAUGAAGUGGCCAGUCGGUGUAUGUACAAUAGGCCAGUACACAUGUAACGUUUCAAUAUGCCAUUCCCAGCUUUCUCAGUUGCCUGUGAAUUGAUUUCUAUGUAAAGAACUUUUCUUUUUUUCUAGAAAAAUCCUAUGGAUGUAAUGUUUAUGCUCCCUAACAGUGUCAAGAGUGUGCAACACUAGCUAAUGUUAGCUGCGUCUAUUGUUUUUCCAACCUACUUUAGAUGGGAAGCGGUUUGCAGAUUUACUUGUUGCUGAAGUAACUGUAGCUGCUGUUAGCUAGUUAGUUGUGCAUACACAUAGCAGUUGUAUUAGCUGACUCUGCACAGAUUGAACUCCUGAACAAAACUAUAUAUUUAACUUGUCCUGUUUCCCCCAAAAUGUUGGGAAUGUAUUCAUUUAUUAAACUAGUAAAUAAAGAAAGAAAAGAUCAAAAAACUCGCGAACACUAGUGGCAGAGAGUCAUUAAUAAACAAGCAAAUAAAAACUGGUCUUUAUAUAAACAUGUAUUGUGUAAUAGGAAGUCUGUAACUUUGCUCUGAUAUCUCUGUAAACUUCAGCCCUUCCCAUUACCUUUAAAGGAGUGUGUACCCUGAACUAAAUAUGGACAUGCACUUUCACAGGAUUUUGAAGAAUGUCCCAGCCUCACAGUCCACUUUGAUGAUGUGGGGCUCUUGCAGUUCAUCACUGGUACUCCUCACUGCAAGACUGUGAGUCCAGCCUCUUUGCAUCAGGACUGAUGCCUCUGGUGGCUUUUUGCCUUUACCCUAACCAUAGGCAACCAUGUCCAGGAUGAAGGUGUCAGAAAAGGGCAGGAAGAAGCACCUGACCCGUACCGGCCGUCAGGUCAGCGAGGACCCAGAUCUGGACAACCUGCUGUCCACCCUUUCCCCAGAGGAGAUGGAGCAGCUGUCGAACGACAUAGAGCCAGACAUCGCCCAAAGGGACAGCCAACCUGUGCAACCAUCUACAAGCAACAACGUCUGUGCCGCCAAACAGGAAAGUAGGCAGGAGAGCGAUCUGAAAGGGAGGCUCAGUCAGAGAGAACAAUCAUUUGAGGGUGAGCAAAAGAAGGAGAGCCGGAAGCAGGAAUAUCUGAGGAAGAUGGGCCUGAGCCAGGAGGGGAAUGAUGAUAUGCCAACGAAAGCAGGGUUACGAAGUCAAGCUAGUGUCUCAAGUGAAAAAGAUGUUAAGGUUGACGACAGAAAUAGCAAGGGUCCUGAAAGUUUGAAAGAGGAGCGAAGUCGGCUUUCGAAUAGAUACCGGAUGCAGGAAAGCAAGGAAAGUGACAUGAAAGAUGAGACUAAAGAGAAAGAAAAAUAUGUGGACUAUAAGGUAAGAGACAGAAGAGAAAACAGAGAGAGUACAGGUAGCAAAACAAAAGAUAUGAUUUCUAAGUUACAGGACAAAAAGGAUGACAGCAAAGAGAAGGAGAAGAAAGAAGACUGCAGGAGAAAAGAUGACAGCAAAACCAAAGACAUUAUCUCAAAGCUGCGAGAAAAACAAGAAAAGGAAGGGGGUAAGGAAAGGGAAAGGAGAUCUGAGAGUUUCAGGACAUCAGGACUUGUCUCUAAAAUGUUAGAGAAGCAAAGCAAGGUGCAAGAGGACCAGACUACAGAGAGCAAAGCAGAAGAGAAGAAGCCUAAAACAGAAGAGAAAAAAGCUGAAGAUAAAAACAAUCCUGAUGUGAAACUUAAGCGACAACCGUCUGAGAGGGGUGAGGUGCAGGUGAAACAUGACAAGGCAGAAAAAAGAACAGACAGAGAAGAGCUUGUUAACCACAGUGACCAUGUGAAGGAGAAGGAGAGGAACAUCAGCAUGGAGAAGAAAGUAGGCGAGAAAAAGGAAAAAGAGGAAACUCAAGGAAAAAAUAAGAAAGCUGAUGAAACAGAGAAACCUGGCAACUGUGUGGCCAAAAACAGUCCAAAGAGCAAGGCGAAAGAGGAAGAGGAGGAGGACGAAGACUCCAGCAUGUUUGAUGAGCUGAUGGAGCAGGUUCGAAGCAAUGACCCCUCCCUCAUUGAACUUAAUGUUAACAACUCAGAAGUCAUCAAGACAAAAACACUCAUUGAGUUCGCAGAGGCUUUGCACAACAACACCCACAUUAAAAAGUUUGCUUUGGCUAACUGCCGUGCGGAUGACCACGUGGCUUAUGCCAUCGCCGGCACGCUACGCAGCAACAAGACUAUCACCAGCAUCAACCUGGACUCCAACCACCUCACUGGCAAGGGUAUCCUGUCUCUAAUCCAGGCGCUGCAACACAACUCCACACUGACCGAGCUUCGCUUUCAAAACCAGCGUCACAUCUGUGGCGGGAAGACUGAGAUGGAGAUGACCAAGAUCCUGAAAGAAAACACCACCCUGCUCAAACUGGGCUACCACUUUGAGUUAGCUGGACCCAGAAUGACGACAACAAACAUACUGAGUCGCAACAUGGACCGACAGAGGCAGAAGCGCCUUCAGGAGCAGAAGCAGGCCCAGGCCAACGGGGAGAAGAAGGGGACACUGGAGGUGCCCAAGACAGGUGGUGGAGGAUCUCUUAGAAGCUCACCCAAAGCUUCCCCAAAACCUUCUCCCAUACCUUCACCAAUCCCAUCACCAAAGCUGACACCUAAAAGAGGAACUGGAGGUCCGGCUCCACCGCCUCCUCCACCUCCUCCUGGCGGUGGACCUCCACCUCCACCUCCUCCAAUGCUGGAUGUAGACUCCCUGAGGAACUCUCUGACUCCAGUGUCGCAGAGGAAGAUGAAUGGAAAAAGCCCAGGAGGUGGUAAGAACUCAAGGGACCAACUGCUUGACUCGAUCAGAGGAAGUGAUAUUAAACAACUCAAGAAGGUGCCGGUGCCAAAAUGGUUGCAGUAAUCUUUUCUGUUGGAAUAUAAAGUGAAAAAUAAGAGAGAGGGAGAACAGACAUCUCACCAGAGGUUUUCAAGGAGAUAAACUCUACCAUACCCCGGGAUGCAGUCAAAGAACUGCACUGUGAGGCGGAUGGAGAACGUGAAACACAAGAUGCCCACCAGUUGGAUGACUAGCCCUUGCUAUGAGUUCUUCCCUCAAACACUGGACCAAAAGGACUCUGAGGAGAAUGAGUGAUGCAGGGCUCUCUUUUAGCCAUCUAGCAGAGAGUUUAUUGAGUUUUGUGGUUGUUUGUCUUCAGUUAAUAUUGACGCUUUGCUGGUUAUUUGCACUAGAUAUUAUGAAGCCGAUCAUAUAAUAUGUUGGCUUGUGUAUCUGAAUGUGAGCAUGAUGGGAGUGUGCGAUGAGCUUAUUAAGAGAUUCAAAUAACUCUAUUAAAUCCUAAUAUACAAAAGUUUAUUGGUAAUAUAGUGGACAUUAAUUUGACCAUUUAUUUAUUUGUGCAGUUUGUGGGAAUCCACCUUAUACUUGUAAAUCUGUUCAAACUGGGAAUUCUGAAAUGGCUGAAAUAUCAGGGAAUUAACAAACAUGGCGGCCUGACUUAUAUAGAAAAAAAAUCUGAUUCAGAAAAAAAAAAGGGCAAGGUGGUCUUUGAUUGUGUGUCUCAUUGCUAAAUCUCAAGACAUCUCAGGCAAGGUUUAAUGGAUUGGAAAGUAGCCCAGUGUUAUCCUGGUGCAAAGUUAUAGCAUGGAAAUAAUUACGUAACGCAUUUUUAUCAGGAAAUGUAAAUGAAUGCCCUUCGAUAUCAGAUGUUAUAUUUUGUACAAAAUCAUUCUAGCCUGGGUGGUGAAUACCUUACAUCACUUGUAAUGUAAUAUGUCAACAAGUCUUAACCUUUGAGGGGAUUGGGAAAGAAAAUGACUGGCUUAUAUCAACCCUCCUGUUGAUUUGAGUGAAUGUCAUUUCUAUUUAAUUUGAUUUACAAAAAUCAGAGUGGCACUCAUAUGUGUAUUGUGUAAUGAAGGACUCUCUGUCAUAUCUGAUUACACAUGUCUUUCUUACACAGCCUGUAUGUCUUCAAUAAAGGAUUCUGGUAUGUUUGCAAUGGCAAAUCA